AUGUGGAAAAUGCGGAGCGGCAGCGGUGUCCUAUGCAUCUCAGCAGCUCAGCUUGUAGUUGGCCUGUGCUUGCUGGGAGUUUAUGAGGGCUACAAGGCAUACUACUUUGACAAGUUCAUCGCGGAGGAAAAGAAGGACCUGUCCGACACGGCCAGCGUUGCAACCCGGGUGGCCGGCUAUGAAUCCCCUCUGGACUUCCGUUCGCCCAUGGGCUUCUCAUAUUACCUCUCGAUUGCCAACAACAUGUUUGCUAUCUUUGGCCUUGCGGGCGUAGUCAACGCGCAGCGUGAACUGAUCAUCGCAUUCUUCGCAUACAACGCGGCCCAGAUGGUGAUCUCUUUCCACGCGUUCGUGGACUUGUGCACGGAUGCGGGCAUCAAGUACGACGGCGAGCCUGCAAAACUGACGUCCUUUGAGCGUGCCGCAGCCACGUUCAUCUUCUUCUCUUUCUUGUUGAGUCUGUUGGCGACUGUGUUCGCGCUCAAAGCAAUGGAUGAGGUGAAAAGCAAGCAACGUGAGGAGUUCAACCGCAUGGCGGUGCUCUCGGACACCCUGGCUUACGAACCAGAUAACGCGUAA